AGAAAGUGGAAAUUCGAACGAGCCACGUGUCCCGGGGGCACAGCCAAGUGAACGGCCAGGAGCAGCGGCAACUGCAGCAUAUGCAUGCAGCAGCAAUGAGGCACGGGAUCUGCGAGCUGCCUCAUAUAAGUGCAGCAAUCGCCACGGGAUGUUCCGCCAUCGUAAAACUAAAGUGCUGGCCAACAUAACCCCUAUGCGGGGCAUGGAAAACCACUUGCCGGCUCAAUUGGAGCUAAAGAAAUGGCCAUCACUUGCCAUCUGCCGCCAUAAUCAAGUCCGAGGGCGCCCCCCAAAUGUAGGCAACAGUUCGCGGCUGCAACUCAAACUCGAGGCUGGCAAAUCCCAUUAGAGGGAACUUUGUUACCGCCCCAAACAACAACAUGAAGUUUCCCGCAAGCGGAUUGUUGCCAACUUUUGCAUAAGUUAGCAUCCAGUGGUGUGUGAAUGUGCUGACAGCUAGUGGGUGUGGUUGGGCGGAUGGGUGCCUCGGAGGAUGGGCGGAUGGGGAUGUGGAGCGAUAAUAGGGGCGGCCACUUACGCCACCAUCCGAUGGAGAACGCACAUUUAACAAUAAUUGCCAGGCCAAAUAGAGCACUUCCCCGGGUCUUUAUGUCUUCCUGCUAUCUGACCAAAGUCGGAAAAUGACUUGCGGCCACAACACUCGUCGCCCUGUUUUUGCGGGCUACUCGGACUUGUGGGCGAGUGGGCGCGGUCUUUAUAAUGCCCGGCUUCUAUGGUCCGCUUUUCAUUAUUUUGAUUAAAUACAGAUAAAGCCAUAAAUUAUGUUUACUUUGUGCCCGUUUGGGCAAUGCCCCGGACGGCCAGGACGCACUUUUGUGUGUGUGCAUGAUGAGGAUGAGUAAUGGCCCAUGAUAUUUACACAUGAGUUGGCCAUCAGCGAGUCGUUACCAUCUCAUCUACUCAUCUCAUCAUCCUGCCACAUGCACAGGCAUAAAUUGAUUUACUUUGAACACGUUUUACUCGAAUUCUUAAGAGUAGAAGAAUCACUAUCCUUACUAUCUUAAUAAACUGCUAUCAAGAUGUUAUAUUAGGUUUUUUUGGUAGUCGUGAAAUGGCCCAGCAACAGCGCAGCUGGGACGAGGGAGCUGUCGGUGGAGGAUCCUAUGGCCAUCCCCACUCCUCGCACCACAAAGUACCUGCUCGAGCUGCCAGCAAUCCGCUGCCCUGCAAAGGGGCCACUCCCAAGCUGCCCAGGCAAUACCAUGGAGGUCCAACUUCGAGUUAUAACUAUGGCGGAUACGAUACCCCGAGGAGUCCCAAGAUCACCACCACAUUUGCCCAAGACAGUUGUGAUGAUGUUAGUAGCUCCACGCCCAGCUCCUAUUAUCAGACACCCCCAUCGGGAUCGAUAGAUGAUUCGGCAUCUCUGCUCAGUGGACGCACCACUGCCCGCAGUCCCAAGUCGCAGUGCCAGUUCGUCUUUGAUGCAGUGAGUCCCAGUCACGGCAGGAAGUUCGAGUACUAUGAACCUAUCUCACCGGACGAUGGAGCUCUCUACUAUGAUCCUCCCAGUUCGCCGCGACGACAGGGUUCCAAAAAGCUAAUGAGGACAAAGACCCCACUGGAUCCAGUUCCCCAGUUGACCACAACAGGCGUGGAUGAGAGCAUGGCGGUGGCUAUGGCCAUGGGCGGAGCAGGAGGUGGAGGUUACGCUCAAGGAGGACCAAGCAAGCGGCAGAGAGAUGAGUGGGAACUACCGGUGAUCAGCAAGAUCGAGGCGAGAAACCUAAGUGCGGCUGCAGGGGCAGGCUCGGCUGGAGGAAGUUAUUAUGGCUUGAAACGCGACUCCUGCGUCACUGACUGCACGCAGCUGUCCAUGGAAUCCGGCGAGACGGGUACCCAGCAUACCAAUAGCACCAUGGUGACCCACACCACCACCAGCUUUAGCUUUACGGAGCCGGAAAUGGAGCACGAGGCUGGACAGCCGCAAUUGCGGCGCCAACGUCGCCAUGCCAUCAACAUCACCUCCAAUCCCGGCUACCAGGUUCUCCACAGCUCUCACUCCACGCUGGAUCGUACCUGUUCCGAUAGCGUGGUCUCACUUCGCUACCGCAAAUCCACCAGUGACCUGACCCAAGAUGCUGACCACGAGCUAAGUGGCUGCAAGCCCAACAAGCCGAAGGCCCAUGUGGAGCAUAAACCGCGUCGCCGGGGCAGCUCCAAAGGUGGACUGGCCUACUUGGCCAGCCGGCGAAGUUCCCGUGAGUCGAUGAAGAGCGCCUGCUCCAAUGCCUCCAUCGUUUCAAACGACGAUGUUGGACCACUGGCCUUCCAGAGUUCAAAUCGCGGUCGCCAGCGUAGAACAUCGAACUUUCUUGAGUUACCAGUUCCCGACCAUGUGCGUCCUCGAGUCUGUUCCCUUCCAGAGCGACCGUACAAUCCGCGGGCCAGUGAUGACCUGUACCGCCUGCGUCACUUCUCCAUCAGCAAGGGCAACGUGGUCAACUGUGGCGACUCAAUCAUCUCGCGGAGAUCGCGGAGCAACACCAGCGUCAACUCGACGAACAGCCGGGCCAGCGAACGAUCCCCCUUCGAGGGCAGCUGUUGCGGAGCGGGAUAUGCCAAUGUGGACUCAUUGCCGGCGACGCCGGAUGACUCGGAGAACCUGGAUCCACCUCCGCCCGCCCGCUACCGCGUCGUGAUGCUGGGCGAUGCCGGCGUGGGCAAAACGGCGCUGGUCAAUCAGUUCAUGACGUCGGAGUACAUGCACACCUAUGACGCCAGCCUGGUUUUAGACGACGAGUUCGGCGAGAAGACGGUGAGCGUGCUGCUGGACGAUGAGGAGUCGGACAUGGUCUUCAUAGACCAUCCCAGCGUCGAGAUGAGCGUGGAGAACUCCCUAUCCACAUACGAGCCACAUGGCUGCGUCGUGGUCUUCUCGGUGGUGGAUCGCAGCUCCUUCCGCGUGGCCGAGGAAAUCAUCAAUUACCUGUGGCAGGAGAACUACACCAAGGACAAGGCUGUCAUCCUGGUGGGCAACAAGGCGGAUCUGGCCCGCGCCCGGCUUAUCACAUCACAGGAGGGCAAAGCCCUGGCCGCCUCACGCGAUGCCAAAUUUAUUGAGACGUCCAGCGGCAUACAGCACAACGUCGAUGAGCUGCUCGUCGGCAUAUUGAAGCAGAUGCGGCUGAAAGAGAAGCGGGAGAAGAAGGCCACCGCCUCGAAGAUGAAGACCUCCCGCACCCACAUAUCGCUGCACUUGGCCAAGGAACUGCUGCAGAAGAUCUGCCUCAGCGACAUCUCCAAGUCGAAGAGCUGCGAGAAUCUGCAUGUGCUAUAAAGAUAUACCCCAGGCGAACCCAAUCACAUGUGCUGAGCCAACCUCGAUGUCUUCGUUUUAUCGCCCGGCAUUCCUGGGCGAAAUUAUGCCACAAAACUGUAUACAAAAGAGAAUUUUAUCAAAAGCGGCUGCGGGGCGAAAUAUUCCAAAUGCCAUUCAGAUGGGACCGCAGAAAACGGACGGAGGGAUGUGUUCAUCUCCUUUGUUGCGCUCCGUUUAUUAAAAGUUUAAUGCCGGGUCUUGCUAUUCGGCAAGUCAUUGGCUGUGGUCAGGCCUCCAGAUUCGGCGAUAGUCGGCUUGUUUAUGGCGGAUGUUUUGGAUCGGCUUAUCGGAGCCAGACGCUCCUCCAACUGGGUGACAAAGGUCACGAUUGAUAAGGCCCGAUCCAAUGAUCCAUUGAUCCAGCGAGGCGUGUGCAACCUCCAAGUGGGCGAGGCCAUAGAACUAUUUAUUUAUAGGUGUACUUUUUAAUGCGUACUUGCAUAUACAUACAUAUAUGAUAUGUGUUCCAAUGCGAAUAACUUCAAUUCCAAUAAUGCGCUGUCAAUUGAAACGCUUGAGGAGCAGUUCCCAAAGGACGAGAGAAACUUUAUAGAUGUUGAUUUAUGUAUACACAUAGUGGCCAUAAGCAGCAUAUACAUAUACACGUGACCUCUAUCGGAUAAGUAUAUUGUCUAGGCUAGGGUUACUAAACUAAACGCUCCACCUGCUUCGCAAAGAAAUUCUUCCAAUUGACGAAUAUCUCAUAUCGGAAUGACUGUUGAAUGUUGACUGUUGUUAGUCUAAGCCAAACAAAAAAAAAAAAACAUAAAAACAAAGCGAAACUAAAGAGAAUACCAUUUAAUCAAAGUACUUCACUCAGACGUUACUACGAGUAUAUUGAUGUGUAUCUUAACGUGUACCUAUAUUAUACAUUAUAUAUAUAUAUAUUUAGAGAUAGAUACAUAUACACAUAUAUUUACGACCGUGCUCGGAUGGAACUUCUAACACUUCUGAACUCAUACGCUUAUAUUUGAAAAAUACCUUUUACAAAAUGCGAAAGGCAAGCAAAAGCAAACGUAUCUCUAACUAUUUUCAUACGCAAACUUACACAUUAAAGGGGGAACGCGAGGAUCCGAACGAGAGUGGGAUUGAAGGCCUGGCCACCGGGCUCGUCCAAAGUCGAGCACUCGACAGCUGUGCACUCAUGUUUGCUCUACCCCUUUCCUUCCGCUUCACAUCCUUCACGUCCGUCUUUCUGUCGAGUGCACUUUAUCAUUUUUAACAUUUAGCAAACAAAACAGAAAGUUGCUCCGGCGAAAGUUUUAAUUUGCAACGCUACGCAAUGCAAAAAGCCUGGCUGGCUGGCGAAAUUUCAAACAUUUCGCAGCCGCACUGUGGCAAUCUGCAUCGCGCAUACGCCGCGUGCGCCAGGGUCGUGGCUAAAUUGAUUUGCUAAUCAAAUUGCUGAGGAAUCCACAAUCGAAUCAAAGCCAGCUAUGAACUCCCACCGAAUUUAUUGUGAAAUGCCAUUUGAAAACGAUGAAAUUGUACCGCUACCACUUAACCAUGACAAUUGGCUUAAAGCGUAGCUAUAUAGAUAUCCAACCAAAAACCUAUAUAUAUUAAUAUAUGUAUAUGCGUAAAGAUCGAUGUAUAUUUAUAUUUUUCCAAACAAAGACAAAGCAAAGCAGCGCUGUACAACUGAAGGGAACCCUCAACGGAGAAUCAUUUUUGUGUUGCACGGUAUAAUCCACAAUUGUACGCUUUUGCCCGUCACCGAGAUGAGGCUGCAGAAAAGCAAAUUAAUUAGAGUACACGGAGAUAAAAUCCGAUUACUUGUUUGGUGUAUAAAACUUUCCUCCACCUCCGCCUGCCUCUCCAUCCUGUCUCCCUUCCCCUCGACUCGAUCUCUUCAUUCGAUAAAUAAAGGACAAGGACGCUCUGUAA